ACAAUAGUUCAUGCCAUGAGACUAAUUAGGUCCCCUGAACAGCGCAAGUUUUAUACGAUUGUGUGACGACUAUCCUGGAAACGCUGACGUAAUACAUCAUACUUCUUUGUUUAUUUUCUCUAUCACACAAAUUAACAAAUUUAAAAACAUAAAAAUAGCCAUAUCAAGAAGUUUAUAGCGGCACGCCGCUAAUUGCCGGUGAGUAAUCUUCAAAUGACUUGGUGUUAAGGAAAUGAUUUUUUUGUUGCUUGUUUAAAAGUUAUUUUAUUUUAUUUUUUUAACACUUUCCUUGAUAGCCUGACUUAAGUUUGAGAUACUUGAUUCUUAAUCUAAUGAGUCAAAUGAGUGCAUUUCAUCCUUUUGAGAGUACAGUGUUUGUAUUAUAACUUAAAUUCGCCUAGCUUUAAGUAAAUUUAAAUUAAUAUGAUUCAAUAUAUAAUAUAAUUUAGAAUAUCGUUCGUCUGCCACUGACCACUGCCAGUCAUGUGCAUAGGCCUAAAUAUUUUUAUGACAACCAACAUUUGUAAAAAGAAAAUGCCACUAAACUAUGUAUUUAUAGUUUAAAUAAAAUGUUUAUGCAUUCACUGUAUUUAUAAAAAUCAUCACUUCUUCUUCUUACUUCUUAAAGUAAGGCAGGCAAACUGAAAUAAUUUUUACAUUAUUGGGGUAAUUGCUAAUUAAAUUAAUAUCAUGGUACAGCUUAUUUGUUAGCCCCAAGGCCUUAUUGAGUGAAAUUAUAAAUUCACCUUGAAUACAUGGAUUUUUAAAAAAAAAGUCAGUCCCCUUUAUACAAUAACAUUUAGCCAAUUAUUGUAUGACAUUCACAAGAACAUGUCAAGUUAAGUAUCCGAACACCUUUUUUAAAAUUUCUAAUUAUUUAUGCAUUUUUUCACCAUUAGAUCAAACGAGGUGCAUUGCAGACAACAGCGCAGCACCAAAGAUGAAUGCUGACCAUACUACCAGCAUGUCUCCCAAUACAUUCCGGCGAUUGCUCGCCGCCCAUGGGAGAUCAAGCACCCUCGGUAUGUUUGACACAACAACACAGAUCGAUGCGAACAAGAUAAUCAAGAAACUGAUCGAGAACAAGAAGAACCCUGAUGGUGCCGAUGCUGGUGGGAAACAGCCCCUUCAUUUGGACAGUGACCACAUAGUUGCAAAGUAUUUAGUCGAGAGCACACAGCCACCAAGAGAUGCUGUGAUGAACCCCCCGCUGUCCAAGGUUCAUAGUUCUGAGCCCAAUCAAGUUCUCAGCAGCUACUCCUUCUACAAGCGCCCGUUUAAGGUUUAUGGCAAGGAGGCUUGGGAGUUCGCUAUGAGGGACUUGGGCAGUAUCGACACCUUGCUCAACCGCUAUGGGUACGUCAAGCCGCAGCUGAGGGGAAAACUUAAUAAGACUAACAGCGCUGAGGUUAUUCCCAAUUAACAGGAGAAAAUAAUGAGAUGAUGAACCCAAUUUACCAAGUAUCCAUAUACAACAAAAACAAUAGAAACAAGGUAUGCCAGACUUCUCUGCUGUUAUAGAUCAAAAUUGUUACUAUUAAAAGGAGUAUAGUAAAAUUAUUUGUUUUUCUCCAUUUGUUUUUGUUUUUUUAGUUUACUUAUUAAUUUGAUGGAUAAUUUGGCCAAUCAUUUUGAAAAUUUACUUUAUCCUGAGUGCUCUUAAGAGCUUAAGUACCAGCAAUGACAUUAAGCAGGGCUGCAGAGUCAACAUUCUAUUAUACAAUUUCAACUCAAGCUUCAUGACACUAUCUAUGAGGUAUGGCAAAAGCCAGGGAUGUUUCCACUGUGGGAGCUGAUGAAUGCCACAAUUUUCAAAGUUUUAUUUGCAGUGCUUGCUGAGAUGUUUACAAAACCCAGCCUGAUAACACCCCUACAGUUAAAAAAACACACACAAACAAACAUAAG